GACUGGCGCGGGCGAAAAGAAGAUUGGCGGUGGUGACACCCGAGCUCAGACCCCUGCUGCGUCGACAGGCGCUGACGCGGCUAAAGAAAAACAAGAGCUGGACGCCGUGCGGCAGUGGUGCACCGCGCGGUCGGCCAAGGCCGGCGUGUUCUCGGUGAUGUGGGCCCUGCUGUGCAAGCGAGGCAUUCUGUGGGUGCGCGUCUGGUGGACCAAGCCGCUGUCGGUGGGCAUCCCCGUGCUGUGCCUGCUGCUGCUGGCGCUGUGCGAGAGGCACUUCCUGCCGGAGAUCGUCAAGGACGACAACGACUUCCCAUACGAGCCGGAGAGCGUCUUCGACGUCUCCUACGGCUUCAUAGAGAAGGACAACGCCAGCAAGCACUUCGCCGAGAACGUGCUGCUGCCACUGCUGUCCGAACGCUCUGUGCGCGUCUUCUCACCGGGGAGCAGCUUCGUGGAGCGCGAGCUGCUCUUCUGGGCCCAGCAGAGCAUCUACUCCUACCUGUUCGAGUACCAGUACGGAGCCAGCAUCUUCGGUGACAAGAGGGCUUUCGUCUGGUUCAACGGCCAGUGCCCGCACAGCGCCCCGCUCUCCCUGAACCUGUUCCACACGGCGCUGCUAAGGAACUUGACGGGAAGCAAGAGCUCGCGCAUCACGCUCGUCAAUUCGCCCUCGGUCACCAAGGACAUCGAGGCGAGGACGGAGUUCGAGGCCAACUACGGGCAGCUCGAGCACUAUAGCGAUCUCGCGCGCCUGGGCCACGAGUCGGAGCUGUUCGCGACGCGCAACCUGAUCACGCGGGUCCUCUGUUCCUUCUUCGUGUCCCUGGCGAUGGGUUUCUACGCGGCCACCCACGUGUUCACGCCUAUGGUCGAGUGGUGCAGUGGCCUCAAGCACUUGCAGCUCAUGACCGGCAUGUCGGGCUGCCUCUACUGGAUGGGCCACUUUAUCUUCGACGUGCUCGUGGCGUUCUGCAACAGCGCUACGCUGACCUUCAUCAUCUUCGUCAGCCACAUGGAGAUGAGCGUCUCUUAUCACCUGGCCAUCCUGGUUCUAUUCAUGGCGAACGCGUUCUCCAGCCUCCCGCUGGCCUACCUGUUCUGCGGGCUGUUCCGAAACACCACGUGGGCUUUCUCCUUCUUUGCAUUGGGGCUGUUUCUCGCAGGUGAGUGCAACGUUGAAGAAGGCCCCGACGUAGCUGAGAGGCGCUUCUGCGGAUAGGCAACAAAAACGUGACGUCACAAGAAUGUACGUGGUGGCGCUGCCGUCACCUUCGGUGCGCAGCAAACCAGGUGUUCCCUCUCCCUAGGUCUCAUUUUCUCCAUUUAAAGAUAGGGAGAGAGUGUAGCUUAAGCUGACAUUUUCA